GUUGCUAUUUUACCUCAUUUGGGUAGUGUUUUAGUUAAGUGUUUUUAAUUUUUCGGUUUAUCUAAUAUUAAAACUUCAAGAGUAAAAUUCACAGAUCACCGUGAUCAUUAUAAUAUAUAUUUGCAAAUUAUUUUUAUUAAAAUUAUAAUUUAAGUGAAAAUAUUAAAUUUGUUUAAAAAAUGUCUCAAGGUGAAUUCAGUCUCUAUGUGAGAACAUCUGAAGAUGUGAAAACAGUUAUAGAACAUGCAAAACUUUCAGAAAAUGAUCUAAAAUCAAAUGUACAACCUAUUUAUUUUAGUGAUAGUUUUGAAAAGUACAAAAUGUUGGAGUUAGAUGAACACAUAUUAAAAGACCUUAAAUGUGGUCAAAAAGUAGUAUUUAAAGGAGAACAAAAUGAAUCUGCUGUUUUAUGUACUGAAAAUAAAACUUAUGAUGUUAAAGAAGCUGAAACAUCAAAUUCAAUUUUAUUACUUCCUGAAUUAACAUUUCCAAAUGAAGAUGUUGUUGAUGAACAACUUACUAUCAGAAAAGUUGUUAGUUUAUUUCAUACAUACUAUGAAGUCAAACCAUGUAGACCCCGUCUAAAAAAAUUGAGAAAUUUAUUAGAGAAAUGCAGCUAUAAAGGAUCAGAACUUGAAAAUGAAGUAUUGACAUCAAAUGAGAUGUAUAACUUUGAAAAGUUGUCAGCAUUAAUACAAGCCAGUGAUAAUGAACUUAAAUGUGCUCUUAAAGACUUAGGCGCAUUUCAAAUUGAUGGUUAUUGGAGAGUUUUAGAGUUUGAUUAUGAGUGUAGAACUUUAUCGUUUUUAUUGAAUUUGAUUGAUGAACAGUCAUGGCCUUAUAAUAUGUUCCCAAUGGAAGAAUGCUCUAAGAUACUUAAUGAACUAUUACCUCCUGUGAUAGUGGAACACAUUAUUGACAAAUAUAGUGUUUGGUGUGUGUCUAUGAAUUUAAGUCAAACACAUAGAUCAUUAAUUGAAGACAAAGUAUGUAGGUUUAUGGCUGUAGGACUUUUACGUCCAUGUGACAAAUUUAAUUUAUCUGAUUUUAAAACAGCAUGGCAAGGAAGUGUUCCUGAAGGUAUGACAACAAAUCUGAAACAACUAGAAGGUACAGUACUUGUUGAUUUGUCCAGUCAUCCACAAACCAUAUGCUACUUUAAUGAACAAGAACUGCCAGAUAAUAUUAUGGAUAGAAUGCAAUACUUGUUUGAAGUUAGAGGAAAAUGGACAUUUAAUGAAAUACAACCAUUUGUCGAGAAAUUAGCUACUGAUAAAGUAAAUGUAAAUAAUCUAUUGGCCAAGUAUGCAAGAGCAACCAAUGUGGAUGGUAUAAGGUUUUAUUGUUCAAAACACAGUAAACAUAACAAAUAAAACACAUGUUUAAGAGAAAAUAUUUUUCCAAAUAUAUUUAUUGUUUCCAUGGUAA